GUCCGGUCAUUCAAGGACAUACGUGUUGGUUAAGUGACUCCUGAGUAAAUGUGGGGAGUAAAUGGCAGAGGUGCAGACUAGCAGGUGUCUGAGGAUAUGACAGACACAUCUCCAAACAGUUCCUUUUCCUGUCCCCAGUGGGCUACAUUCCCAGACUGGUAUUUUUGUUAGUAUGACAGAGCCACACAGUCAUCUGGCCCAGGCACAGCCUCUGUCCUUCCCUUUCUGCCCCUGCCCCUGAGAGAGGCUCCUAUAAAAGGGCUGAGCAACUCAGCUCCUCUCACUAGGUGAUGUGAAGAGCAGGGGGGACCAUGGACUUCAUCAGCAUUCAGCAGUUGGUAUGUGGAGAAAGAGUAGAAAGGAAAGUGUUGGGAUUGGGACAUAGAGUUCCUGAUCCCGGAGGCUGGCCUAGUGACUGGAGGAUGGCACCCCAAGAGGCUGUGGCCCGGGAGAAGCUGAAAUUGGAAGAGGAGAAGAAGAAGAAACUCGAAAGAUUUAACAGUUCCAGACUUAAUCUAGAGACUCUGGCUGAGUUGGAAAACUUGGUUCAAAGACGAAGAGAAAAGCGACUGAAACGUAGGGUCCCCCCCAGGGAAACUGAGCCCGUGGUUAAGCCGCAGCCCCAGGCCCAGGUGGAGUCUGUGGACCUGGAGAUGUUCCUGAAGGCAGCUGCUGAGAACCAGGAGGCCCUGAUUGACAAGUUCCUGGCAGACGGAGGGGACCCCAAUGCCCAUGACAAGCUCCACCGCACGGCCUUGCACUGGGCCUGUCUGAAGGGUCACAGCCAGCUGGUGAACAAGCUGCUGGCAGCAGGUGCCAUUGUGGACCCUCGGGACUUGCUGGACAGGACACCCAUGUUCUGGGCCUGCCGUGGAGGACAUCUGGAUAUCCUCAAACAGCUGCUCAACCAGGGAGCCCGGGUCAACGCCCGGGACAAGAUCUGGAGCACCCCCCUCCACGUGGCAGUGCGCACUGGGCACUCCGACUGCUUGGAGCACCUCAUCGAGUGUGGAGCCCACCUCAACGCACAGGAUAAGGAAGGGGACACAGCUCUACAUGAGGCUGUGCGGCAUGGCCGUUACAAAGCCAUGAAGCUGCUGCUGCUCUAUGGAGCCAAGCUGGGUGUGCAGAAUGUGGCCUCCAUGACUCCAGUGCAGCUGGCCCGAGACUGGCAGCGGGGCAUCCAGGAAGCACUGCAGGCCCAUGUUGCACAUCCCCGCACCCGGUGCUGACAACAGGCCUGCGGGUCACCCACAGCCACCAUUCCAACCCCUCCCCUCCCCUGCAUCUGCACCCUCUGUGGUUCUUGCCUCAGUCUGAUUCCUCUCAGGCCUCUAAGGCAGCCCUGUCAGAACUGAGGAGCAGUGGCGAGCCCGGCACGUGGAGAACGCAGGCCUCCUUGGCUUCGCAUGUCAAGAGGUGCUGUGUUCCCUGCUGGGGCUGGAGCUGAAAGGGCUGAAGCAGAGGACCACGGGGCAGCAGAAAGCAAAGUGGGUCCAGAUGAGGGCCAGGGAGAGGAGUGGAAGCCAAGAUGGAGCAGGAAGUGAGCAGCCCCAGGCCCGAGCUACCCAGGGCUGGGUGCUAGACUUCCUCAGUGUCCACUAAUCCUGAGUCUGGGAGGUUUUGCCCUUGCUCUGUACAAGGGUCAGUCUCCUGCAGGUGGUGACUGAGCCUGUGGCCAGCAGCUGCCAUCCAGGACACACAAGAGCAACCAAAGUAGGCCACACAGGUGCCAGGUGUUUCUGCAGCUGGCCAAUGCCCUUGGGCAGGGGUUUCCCCAGAGGACUCCAUUCCUAUCAGCAGCAACCCUGAUAGUGUCUGGAGUGGCUCCAGACAGCUUUCGUCUUAGGGACACUGGAGGUGGGUUCUGACAGUCUGGAGGGGGCUGUGCAACAGGAUUGAGGCCCCACAGCACCAGAAGUCCAGGACCCACCAGGUUGCCCCAGAAGCCCCAAGACUGAUGAGCUGGAGCUGAUACCUGAGGGGAACCUUCUGCCCACUUGUCUAAAGGCUUCAGUCAGGCCUGCCUGCCACACUGUUGUUGGGCUGGCUGGUAGUGCUCCUUGUAGGGGUAAGGUGCCUGGGUGCUGGGGAUUGCUUGUGGCCCACCCAACUCUUGGGGCGGUGGCCCGUAACCUUAGUUUGCCUUAGGCACUGAUGUCCCCCUGGUACUGGAGUUUGAGCUCUUGCCUGGAACCCUGCAGCUACAUCCACUCUGCUUGACCCCACACAGAGGACAGGGCACUGGGGAGCUCUGAGCUUAGCCCAUGGGGAAGCAGGGCAAGGCAGGGCAGGCCCUCCUGCCCCUUGUCCGCUAACUGGGGUACAAUGACUCACCCUCACAACAGCUCCCUAAAGGUUCCUUCUUCUUGCAUCAUUCUUUACGUUUCAAGUUUCACUGGUAUAGACCUAUACUACUGGCAGGGCUGGGUCCUUAAAUGCCAGAGUGAAUUUUAAAGAGCUCUGCUCUAAACCAAGAACCAUAGGCUGAGAAAAGGGCUAAAAGAUAAAGGUUUAGCCUCCCUCACAUGGGUCCUGGGUUACAUAAGGUACCUGGGUGAUAUCAAUUUUGCAGCAGUUAUUUUGAGUCUAACUUUGGUGGCCUUCUCAGGCCAAGACCAAGGCCAUUGUUACUAUGUGAAAAAGCUGACAAGGGCUCCACACACCUUUCCAUGGGCAGCCCCUGCCCUAUGGUGACAGAGCCAGCAUGCGCUCAGAUACUGGCGCCACGGGCUAAACAGGCAUUCAAGACCAUGGAGAAGACAACUCCUCAUCUAGAAAAUGAGGACACUUAAGUGACAGAGAAAAACACCUUUUUAUACGGAUCAGUAUUUUUUGUUCAUUAAAACUGGUUGAUUAUCCAUCA